AGCUUUUUUUCAAACCGCCCACACAGCUACUAUUCUUUAUCAAGGCUCCCCUCCAAAAUCACUCCAACUAUUCUUACUACCCUUGGCUAUUCAUUUCUUUUCCUUUCUCCUUACUCUAUAAUUCCAUAAGCAGCACGUAUUCCUCCUUGGUUGGUAGCAACAUGGCCAGCAACACUCAGCACGACGAUGGACACGACAAAGGCAUACCCGAUCUGGGUGACGCUAUCGACAUCCUCACGUUUAGCCAGAUUCUAGAAAUGGAUGACAGCGAAGAUGAUCGUGAAUUUAGCAGAUCUAUUGUAUUCGGUUUUUUUGAACAGGCCCAGGAGACAUUUGAGAAGAUGGAUGAAGCCCUAGCCAAUGAGGAUUUGGAGGAGCUAUAUCGUCUAGGGCACUUCUUGAAGGGCUCUUCGGCCACAGUUGGCCUGACUAAAGUUAAAGACAGUUGUGAGAAAAUACAACGGUACGGCAAGAAGGAAAAUCUUGACGGCACUCCUGAAGAUGAUGACAACCUUUGCCUAUCACGCAUUAAGACGACGCUCAGUGUUGUUAAAACCGAGUACGCUGAAGCAGAGAAAACACUGAAGGAUUUCUUCAAAUAAAACAUCAAAUGGACAGACGAGGACCGGCUGCUGCAGAUGCUUUGCGGUCUGCUCUGCGAAGCCUAUCCUCAGCUAUGCGCUUCCAUAGCGCAUAGGCUACAGGUCUCAGCCCGAUACCAGGG